AUGGCAGACCUAUACCCUGGAACAAAACAGACUGCAUCCCCAACCAGCCCGAAGAAGAGCUCUUGGUUGAGCAAACUAAGACAUCCAUCGAGGAACCAAGAGGGUACGGUCUUGCAUGCAGUACCGGCACGUAAGGCUGCACGUCUAAUGUCUGCUUUGGAUAUCGCCAUGGCUGUCUCUCCAAACGACGAGAUCUUGCAAGCCAUUGGAAGGAAGAGUCCGUUCAGCACAAGUCAAUCUGCCUCCCCACUCAACAAUUGCGUCAUCGGGUCCGGUAGCCAGACACGGGGAGUAUCUGAUAGCAGGAUUGGAAUCUGGCGUGAUGGAGUGGCUCUCUGGGACGUCGAAUCAAGUCUUAAGCGAAAGGCAGAGUCGACAUUCCAAAUUCCGACUACCACACCAUCAACGCCAAAGGCAGACAAGACAGGCCGACCACGACUGUCAGUACAAAUUCCAUGCAGCAAACUACGACAGAUUCUGGGCGAGGAAGCACCGAUACCACCUCAACCGUUGAAGUCCACUCGCGCCAACCAUACUGCAAUCACUUCUCGGCAAUCUUCAGGAUCGCAGACCACGAAUUCAGACCAGAUUUCCAUUCACCCAGCUUUUCGUACUACAGGUCCCGUGGUGGGGAAUUCUCGAAGCGAGGCCACAUCCCUAUCAAGUCGCGACAACAACAGAUCUUCGGUCUCGAGCAACACGAUCUCCCAAGAUGAUAUCUUCGACAUUGUCUCCUGUUAUAGCAGACAUUCGUCGACGACAAGCUUGGGAUCAGACUCUCCGAACGUAGCUGUACCAAACUCGCAUUGGAACUACCUGGACGUGCCCAAGCGGUCUGCAAGCGCCGCUUUCUCCAUCACCGAUCCAGUCAAGGCAGGCAUCUUUGAUGACGCAGCAGAACACAAGAGUGUCUCCUGCGAUACUUCUAAAUCUCAGUACCUCAGACCUGCUACUCACCCAAGCAAUCGUGCUCCGAGUCCUACCUUUAGCGAGGCUGUUUUGGAUUUGCAAACGCAGCUCAGCACGAUUACCGAAGGGCUCUCGGCAACAUCGCCUAACGAGGCCACUGCCCACCAGGCAUUGAACUACCGUCACACUAUCGACGACGUGUCCCGAGCACCGACCUUGCCUAAGAAGUCACGCAAGCGCCAGUGGAUGCAAUCCACUCUGGCACAAGUGGUGCCUGCGGCGAUGACCACACCAGUUCGCCAGCAGUCAGUACCACACAGAAAGCUCAGAGAAAGCGACAGCCGUGGAGGAGACGUUCGUAGAGUCUCAAGCGCCCGAUGCUCGUUGUCUGCCGAUCUCGGAUCAAUGUGGCUGUCUUGGAAUGCUUCGUCGGGAAAGAGAUCACCAGCUUUGGCUUUUGAGCAAGAGGCAGUGUGCUCAAGGAUCCUGGCCUUUUCAAAGUCCUUCGAAGAUCUCAGGACGGUUUCGAUGGUGAACAAGACCGUGAGGAAGUAUUUUGAGGGCAACAAGCUACGAUUGUUGAAGUCUGUGUUAUUCAAUGUCUCGCCGCCAGCCUGGGAGUUGAGAGAGCUUUCUCCUUUUCCAUUCGGCAAUUUCAUGCCAACAGACUUCCUCGAGGACACUGAAAUCUCUCCUUCAGCCUACGUCUCGUGCGUGCUGCAUGAUCGAGCGGUUGUCAACGAGCUCAAGGCAAUCAUUGUCACCAAGUGCCAGUCGUUGGUUCGUCCGGAGACCAUCUCUAGUCUCAUGACUGGAGGUUGCACAAGAUUCGAAGAUGCCAUCUACCGUAUCUGGUCUUUCUGCAAGAUGUUUGGCUGCGAUAGAGGACGGGAGAACGACAACAAGGGUCAGAUUGACUGGCUCAAGGGCGGCAUAUUAGCACAUCAAAAAGGCUGUGCUGCCACCCUGAGCUUCAGUCCGGACAUCGAGAUCGAUGGUAUCCUUCUCAACGCUCCAGAACAUUUCGCGGGUGGAAACGGCGCUGGUCUGUCUGCCGAACAACUCUACGACAUGUUAGAAAUCUGGAUAUGUCUUUACGCUCUGAUGCAACCUUACGAAGGUGAGACAGCAAAAGCACACAGCUGUGGUCUAUUCCAGCCAAUCGGUGAACAUGUCGGAAAUCCAGCGGUACAAAGCCGUGUGAUCGAAGAGUGGAUAGCCUACAUUCUGUCUCUCGGACCAUCGGUGGUUUUGGAGCUCGCAAGAUUUGAUGAUGCGAAUGCUGGUCUUGACUUUGCUCAUCUGAACGAUUGGACAGACUGGACACCUCCGCAUUCUGGUAUGACUCGUCAGAGAUUCUUCCGAGAGCCUGUCUCCCAGGUUUACGAAGAAAGACUUCUUGCUUCCACGGCCGGCACACAGACGCAAGAUGUCACCAGGACGUCACUCCGAAAGCGUCAAAACGAAGAGAUGAAUCUUGCUCAUCGUCAAAUGUCGCAAAGAAACCGAAAGACUGACGCCACACCAUGCGCAUUGAGUCGCCAUGACAGUGCACUCGCUCCAGAGGUCCACAAGAGACCGUCUCCAAGAAGGACCUCGACACCCACAUCUCCCAGAUCCCCUUCACAGACCAUGUCAUGGUCACCAAGAAAAGUCAGCCCGAUCAUCGAAGACAGAGUCGACACAUUCAACAGAUUGAGCAUGCUGAGUUUCGAUGGACUGGCUGAGGAUACGAGUGGACACGCCAUCAACAAAAUCAUGGAUAUCGGUUUCUCAAAUGCACAGGCAAAGGAGGCGUUGAGGAUCACGGAUAUGGGUAGUGGGUUGAGAGUGGACCGGGCCGUGGAUUGGCUGUUGAGACAGAAUCGUUUCUAA